CACUAUAACGAUAACGAAGUAACGAACUUUGCAAGCUCAAAUUAUAAACAGUUAUUUAUAUUAUUUGAUUUUGUGUUAUAGAUUUUAGAAGUAUGGAAACAUCAACGCCAUUAAAUAGAAAUUCAUUUGGUGGUAGAGAUUUACACAGGAAAACUGUAAUGAGAAAUGCAAUGGAAGUAUCCCCAUUACGAAGGAGAAGCAUAGCACCAACACCUACUAUUUCCUUGGAAAAUGUUAAUGAUGAAAAGGAGCGAUCUUCGAGACGUAGUCUUGUUGAUAUGCAAAGGAGAUUGUCAGUUGUACCUCAUACGGCUUCUCCUCUCAAUGAACCGAAUAAAUUUCUCGGAGAGCAAGACAUGAAAGACCACUUCCAGAUAUGUACAAAACUAUUUACUGAAAAUAAAAUAACUCCAAAGAAUGCUUGGAAGCUUCAUAUAAUUGACCUCUUGAAUCAUAUAACACAGAAACAAGGUUCAGAUACUUUACAAGUUGCUAGUACCUCUUUGGACAUUAGUGCUAAGGUUUAUAGUAUUAGAGUGGAUGAUAUCCAUUCUGACGGGUUGAAGUUAGCUAGUAGUAUGUCCAGGGUGUCGGAUAAACAAUUAUCACAAAAUUUAGAUGACCAGGUUGAUAUAGGUGAAGCAGACAAGGAAAAUGCAAGACCUAAGAAAAAGAAAAGGAAAAAGAGGCUGCUUGCAGGAGAGAAAAACACUAUUUCUAGAGAUCCUAAGACUCUACAAGGACCGCUGCCAAAAUUAGACACUGUGUUUUUUUCCACGAGGACUGAUGUUGAAAGUAGUGCAAUAGAUAAUUUGUUCACUAAUAGGCUUAAAAUGGAUAACUUGGGAUAUAAAUUCAUGCUGCUGAGUAAUGAAAAAGCUUGGACUGAACAACCUGAUCUAACUGUGCAGAAGCUUAAUGAUCCAAACAGGAAAAAAUAUUCUCUAACUGUUAAUCCCUUAGCAAACAUAAAACUUUGUGUACCAUUUAGUGAUUUUCAUGUGGAUGAUUGGGAUCCUGAUGACGAGGAGAACCAAUUGGCUUUGCAAAAGUCUUCCCUUAUGGAAACACAGCAAGAAGUUAUUUAUGAUGAUAACGGAAUACCGAUGCAUGAACUGGACGGAUCAAUUCAUGAUAUAUUUGAAAACCCACCAGACGAUGCUGGGGAUGACAUCAGGUCUAUUCAUGAAGAAGUGGCCGCACAAGUUAGAGGAGAAAUAGCGAAUAUCGUUGAAUUCAGGCCUGAUAUAACAGGCGGAGUGCAAAGGUCUGAAUAUUCUUACAAUACUGUUGUGUCUACCCAUUCCGGCAAGCUCAUAGACCGAAUAUGGGCAGGUCCCAGUCAUUGGAAGCUGAAAUUUAUUAAGCGGGCGAGUACAAAAUUCUCCGGAAUCGUUAUGACUCAAGAAAAACAAGUGAGGGGAAGGAGAAAAGCUCCACCCCAAAAGCUCGAUUUUGAUGAGGGAUACGAGGAAUUCGAUAUGACUAAAAAACUGGUGAUUAAAAAGAAACCUGCCACAGUUGACAUUAAUAAAAUUACAUUGCCGGUGCCAGAUAAUUCGUGCGCUGAACUAAUGGAGCACAUUAAGGAAUUGAUGAUAAAAGCGGGGAUGUGUCCCGUAGAGAAGAAACAGGUGCAGGAACCUCAGCAAGUUGAUUAUGAAGUUAGCGUUUACAAUUACGAAAAUCCUAACGAUUCUCAGUACUGUUCGCAGCAUUCCGAUGAACCAGAUGCAGCGAAUAUUGUACCACCAUCUGAGAACCACGACGACUGUGGAGAUAUCGAAGAGUAUAGAGUUGCCCAGCAAGAAUUUCUAGGCGCGAACCUAGUAGAUGCCCCAGAAAUGAUACCAAAGUUUUAUGUGCCUUAUGCAUUGCAAGCUAAGAAGAUGGACAUGAAGAAACUAAAAGCAGCGAUUUGGCAGAACCUGACCCAUAGUGCGUCUAAAGAUAAUCAAGAAAGAAGAGGCAGGGUUAUUCCUACAACUUUCUCAAAAAUGUACAAAGAGCUUCCAGAGAUCUUACCGCAUAAGAUGCAAAAAGAACUGAGUUGUUAUCUUGCUUUCAUUGCUCUGUUGCAUUUGUGCAAUGAACAAAAUUUGAAAUUAAAGCAGCACCUUGGGUGCAAGGAUUUCGACAUAAAUGGUCCAUAGGUACUAUUAAAAAAUUCUACAAUAUGGUUAAUAUAAAGUUAUAUUUCCAAAUAAUUGCCGAUAUAAAAAAUAAAAAA